ACUCGUCCAUGGUUAGGGCUACCCCUGCUCGUCCCUCUUUGUCCGGUGGCAAAGGAAGGCCACGAUAAUAAUGGCAAAAAAUAGCGUUUUUCCCUCCCCCGAAUGAGUUCUAGUUAAAUGGUGGAUCGGCGAGUGAAGACGCCAGAGAGUUGCAAUUUAACGGACAGCAGAGCGAGAGCGACGGAAGAAAGGCAUAUGAGUCGGUGACAUCACCGACAAUAGUGUUAGCUAAUGGCUGCCGAAUCGGGGAGACUACUGGCGGGACAAGGAAAACGAAGCAAAGCUUCACAAAUGAAGAGCCCAGAGAAGAAGAAGGCGAGGAAGUCCACGUCACAGGCUGCGGGCUUCUCGCACCUCACAGAGUUUGCGCCCCCUCCAACACCCAUGGUGGACCACCUGGUGGCCUCCAACCCGUUUGACGAUGAUUUCGGACCGCCAUCUCGACCCAGCGGACCAGGUGGCUCCCCAUUCCUUCCAAGCCCAGGUGCAGGCGGAGGAGGCAGUUAUGGAGGCGCGGGUCGAAUGGGAGGCGGCGGUGGUAUGGGUUUCAUGGGAGGCCCAGGCAGCGGACAGCCGGGUCGUAGACCGCCGUUUGGACCGCCUUCCAACGCAGGACCUCACCACCAGCUAGGUUUUGGCGGUAUGCCUGGCUUCGGAGGUGGGGGAACUGGUGGGGGAGGAGGCGGAGGGGGUGGAUUUCCUCCUGGUGGACCAUCUCAGUUCAAUAUACCCCCAAACUUCAGCCCGCCAAUGCACCUCGGGUCUGGCUUUAACCCCAUGUUGUCUCCAGGGGGCAUGGGGGGUCCCGGAGGAGGGGGUCCACCCCACCCUCGAUUCGGCAUGCCUCCACAACAGGCACAUGGACAAGGGGGGCACCCAUUUAACAGUCCACCGUUACCUGGUGGAGGAGGCCCCAGAGGGCCCCCACAUGGUCCCAUGCCUCCCAUGGGUGGCAUGGGGCCCGGCCAGGGCAUGAACAUGAUGGGUGGAAUGGGUGGUGGUCCUGGAGGAAACAUGCUGGGAGGGCUACCAGGCAUGCCUUCUCAAGGACAAUUCCCCCAAUCACAGGAUGGCUCCUAUCCUGGUCCCAGUCCACCAGGGCCAGGCAACGAGGAUGGAAAGAGUUUUGGGGGCGGCGGAGGACCUCCACCUGGGCCUCAGCAGCAGCAGCAACAACAACAGCAACAGCAGCAGCUUAACCUAAAUCCCAACGGCCCCCCACCCUCUAAUAACACCACCCCUGGUCCUCCUAACUCUGGACCCCCACAGCCUGGAGGAGACUUCCAAGGCCACCCUGACAUGCAGCAGCCCAACGCCAGCACACCUGGCCAGCCUCCCUUAGCGCAGCCACAGCCAAACUCCUCCCCCAGUGGCCCUCACAACGGGUCAGGCCAACCCCAGCAUCCUCCCCCAAAUCAGCUGCAACCCCCCACCAGUGCGAACACCCCCAACUCGAACAACUCAGUCCAGCAGCAGCAACAGUCCACUCCACCCAACUCUGCUCCAGGCUCCGCCUCCCACAACCAGCAGAACAACACCCCUGGCACUGGUGGUUCCAUGCCCAAUUCCGCCCCCAAUUCGGGUCAGAACAACAUGACCAACAACAAUGGAAGCAACACCCCUGGCAACAACCCAAACCCCCCAUCCAACUCUACCCCAAACACCCAGUCCCCCUUGCCGCCCGGCCCAUCUGCCCCCUCGGUGGGGCCCGGCUCUGGCCCGGGAAAACUGGGAGGCCCCGGCAUGGUCUUCCCCUGCGGCCUUUGCAUGGCAGAAGUGCACGACGACCAGGAUGCCAUCCUAUGUGAGGCGUCGUGCCAGCGUUGGUUCCACCGUGACUGCACGGGCCUGACGGAGCCCGCGUAUGGGCUGUUGACUCGGGAGAGCGCUGCUGUGUGGGCGUGCGACUUCUGCAUCAAGACCAAGGACAUUCAGGCCGUGUUUGUGCGGCAAGGACUGGGCCAGCUGGUGGCGGCUAACGAGAGCUGAGGCGUCUUUGCUGGACUCGUUCCCUUCAACCAUCACUUGACAUUCAUGCUCAUGUACAAGAUAGCACUUUGAGUGAGGUAACUGCCCCCUUCCCCCAGGUUCCCAGUCCCCAAAACAAUAAUAGGGUUCAGAUUGUGAUGAAUGUUAACUGACACACACGCACUGACACCAACACACUACCUCACACACUUUGUGACUGACCCAAGCACCAUUGGCCGUUCAAAUUGAUGCCAGGUAAAAUGAUCUUUAAUGUAUUUAUUAACCAUCAGCAAAGGAGUGCCUGGACUGGUCUUUGCUUUAUACGCCUCAUAUUUUAAUCAUGUUCUAGUGCAUCAUCUUUGCAAUGCAUUGAUACCAUAUGAGGGUUUUAUCCUCUUAAGACAGGGCUGUCCAAACUUUCCACCGAGAAAUAUUGAAAGAUGCAACUUUUCCAUACACUUUUUCCUAAUUCCAUGCUGAUAACCAGUGAAGAAUUGCAAAGCAUCUAAAAUGAAAGCAAAACAGCUUCCAUCUCAGCAUGUUGAUUCACACGACUAAGCAAAUGGGUUGUUUAAUUUGAUGUGUACAAUUUUGCAGGCAACAAAUGGCCCGCGUGUUGGACUUUGGACACCCCUUAUCCAAGGUUAUUUACCAAUCAGAUCCACCUUAAACAUUCUGCCCCCAGUGCUGAGGCAUCCAAAGGAGACAAUAUUAUUGUAAAUAUCAGGGGGAAAAUGUGUAAACAGAGCCGACAAGUGAACAAAAGUGUUACUUUUUAUACUGCACAUUCAUGUCAACUCUUAUUUCUUUACCGUAAACUCCUUUUUUUUCGGGGAAUGUUGUUGCAAGUCAU